GCAGAACCAAAGGUUGAAACCUGUUCACUUUCACCUAUUUUUUAAGUUAAAAGCAAUUCCAAAAUAAAAAAACAGAUGAAAGAAAAGAAAGCUUUCAUUUGCUUAUCUGUACACAGAUAAUCAUAAUAAACAAUGUUAAAAAAAAAAAAAAAUUGAUGGUUCAUUGUUAUACACACCACAGUACAAACAAAAGACAUUGAAAACAACACCCAACAGAACUCUUCCCCACACCCAUCUCCUCCUCUUCCUCUCCAACAAGGGAAUGACCCUUUCUCUGUUCCUCUACCACCGGGCACAACCCUCUAUCACCAUUACCGCCUUCUCUCUAUUCUUAUCCUACGCACCCACUUUCUAAUCUUGCGCUGCUUUAAAAGAUAGAAUUGGAUCAUUAUUAUAUCAAUGACCCAGAUUGGGAGACUUUGGAUGAGGAUAUUGAGGCUAGCAUAAUUGAGAGAUGUGGGAUGCUUCAGGCAUUAAUGAAUCUGCUUUCUUUAUGUUUUAGGCCGUUUGUGCAUGAUUCUAAGUCUGACUCUGUUGGUGUUGGUAGAGAAGGAAAAGAAGGAUUACUUUGGUACAGAGAUAUUGGGAAAUAUGGGUCUGGAGAUUUUUCAAUGGCUGUUGCUCAAGCUAAUCAAGUACUUGAAGACCAGUGCCAGAUCGAGUCUGGACCAUUUGGGACUUUUGUUGGUGUCUAUGAUGGUCAUGGUGGUCCAGAAGCUUCUCGUUAUGUCUGCGAUCACUUAUUCAGACACUUUAAAGCAAUAUCAGCUGAAACACAAGGCGUUGUGACCACCGAGACUAUUCAAAGGGCUUUUCGUGCAACAGAGGAAGGGUUUACUACUCUGGUGUCCGAGCUAUGGACUACUUAUCCCCAAAUUGCAAUGGCAGGGUCUUGUUGUCUAGUUGGAAUCAUAUGUCAGCAGACCCUCUUUGUGGCAAACCUGGGAGAUUCUCGUGUUGUGUUGGGCAAGAAAGUUGGCAAUACCGGAGCAGUUGCUGCUAUUCAGUUAUCAACUGAGCAUAAUGCAAACCUUGAGGCCAUCAGGCAGGAACUUCAGGAAUUACAUCCUGAUGAUCCCCAGAUUGUUGUCCUUAAGCAUGGAGUUUGGAGAGUAAAGGGGAUUAUUCAGGUUUCUAGAUCCAUAGGUGACGUAUAUAUGAAACAUACACAAUUUAACAGGGAACCAAUUAACGGAAAAUUCAGACUCCCUGAACCAAUGAACAUGCCUAUCUUGAGUGCCAAUCCGACUAUUAUUUCUCAUCGUCUCCAACCAAAUGAUUCCUUCCUUAUAUUUGCAUCUGAUGGUCUUUGGGAACACUUGAGUAACCAAAAAUCUGUGGAUAUUGUCCAAAGUAAUCCACGCACAGGAAGUGCCAAGAGGCUUGUGAAGGCUGCCCUCCAAGAAGCAGCAAAAAAAAGGGAGAUGCGAUAUUCAGAUCUACGCAAGAUUGACAAGAAGGUUCGACGCCACUUUCACGAUGAUAUAACUGUGAUUGUUUUAUUCUUAAACCAUGAUCUUAUAUCCAGAGGCGCUGUGCAAGACCCUCCACUUUCCAUGCGGAGUGCUUUGGAACACUGAUUAUUUCUAUACAUAUUUCUGCUUCCUUUGGUAGCCAGCAGUGGAUGUGAAUGUACCACUGCCAAAAUAUACCUCAUAUGGAUAUAGAGCUGCACAAACAAAGCGGUUGUACUACCUGGAUAUUGACACUGAGAGGUCUAGAAUUUGUAAUAUGUUGUUAAAAAUUCACUUGAUGGUUAGUUAUUACAACGUCUAUGUAUGCUACGAUAUCUAAUUGAAGUUUUAUCUCCUCACAGUUUUGCAA